UCUCUGCCUGGUCAGCCUAAGCACAGCAACACAAUGUUUCCACUUCCUUAUAAGAACAUUUUUCACACCUCCAUCCAGCUCUGAGCUUACAUUUCAUUUUGCGUGCCUUAGUGCUGAGUAUUGUGAUUACACGCAUAACAUUUCUCAUCUGAUGAAAUAUUCACAUGUGCCAUCACAUUGUUUUCAGCUGCCUGUGGUAUGUUGCCAUGGCAGAUGAGGAUCCUGCUGUGUUCACCUCUGCCACUUUGCCCUCUGACCCCCGUCUCCUUGCCACGGUGACCAACUCCUACCUGGGCACUCGUGUCUACAGGGACAUCUUGCAUGUAAACGGGGUGUAUAAUGGAGCAGUCGGGGACUGUCAUCGUGCUGAUGUUCCCAGCCCUAUUAAUGUCAAAAUGAGUGCGGCUGCUGAGGACAGCAUGACCGAGACUUUCUCGUUGGACACCAGGACAGGGACCUAUAUCCACACAAUCCAGGCCUCGGGUUAUACAGCCACUCACAGGAUCUAUGCCCACCAAUCCCUUGUUCACCUUCUGGCCUUCAGCGUAACCAUCCAGAGGUCAACACUUGAAGGCGCACCCAUUGCUGUGAAUCUACAGACCCAAUUCACACCUGAGAGUCCAGACCUGGACUUGCACAGAGGGGCAGAUUUCCAGGGAGCUCACUACAUCUAUGGAAAGACUUUGGUCCCUGAGGUGGAGGGUGGCCCUCGGCCUACUGUACACAUGAUCUGGACCCCAGUGCUACAAGCAGUGACCCUCCCUGAGGAGGAGAAGGAAAAGACCUGGGAGUUCCUCACAGCUGUAGCAGAGAGUGAAGAGGAUGUGAAAAGGAGCUUUAGUGAAGGAAUGUCACUGAUUGUCUCUCAUUCAUUGUAUGUGUCUCACGUCCAGGCAUGGACAGCCCUCUGGAAAGGAUGCUGUGUGGAAGUUGAGGGACCUCUUUCACUGAGCCAGGCUGUUUAUGGAUGCCUCUAUUACCUGCUGAGUGCCAUUCCUCCCCUGGGUUCUUCUGACUUCCCAUUCUCCGGAAUUAGCCCUGGAGGCCUUUCUAAUGGCACCUCGGGUGAAGAUUACUGGGGCCAUGUCUUCUGGGACCAGGAUACCUGGAUGUACCCAAACAUCUUGCUUUUCUAUCCGGAAGCAGCUUGUGCUAUCCUGAAAUACCGGAUUCGAACGCUAGGAGGAGCUCUGUGCAACGCACAGGAGCAAGGAUACAAGGGUGCAAAGUUCCCCUGGGAGAGUGCAGCAACAGGCCGAGAGGUCUGCCCUGAGGAGGUUUAUGGAAACGAGGAAAUCCACAUCAAUGGAGAUGUUUUGCUGGCAUUUGAGCAGUAUUACUACAUCACUCAGGACCUGGAGCUCUUUCAUCAGGCAGGAGGCUGGGAGGUGGUCCAUGCUGUGGCUCAGUACUGGUGCAGCCGGGUGGUGUGGAACCCAGAAGAGCAGAGCUACCACAUCCUUGGUGUCCUGCCCCCCGAUGAAUAUCAUUCUGCUGUAGAUAACUCUGUUUAUACCAAUGCCAUUGCUCAGAGGAGCUUGAAUUUUGCAGUUGACUUGGGGUCUAAGUUGCAUAUUCCAAUCCCUGAAGAAUGGGAGGAAGUUCGGAAGAAAAUUAAAGUGCCUUUUGAUAAAAGCAGGAAUUACCACCCAGAGUAUGAUGGGUACUGCCCAGGUGAGCAAGUGAAACAGGCUGAUGUUGUCCUGCUUGGAUUCCCUGUCAUGUAUCCCAUGGACCCAGAAGUCAGAAGGAAUGACCUAGAGAUGUAUGAGCCAGUGACUGACCCUCAGGGGCCAGCCAUGACCUGGAGCAUGUUUGCUAUUGGCUGGUUGGAGCUGAAGGAGACCAGAAGGGCCCAACAGCAGCUGAGCAAAUGUUUCAGUAACAUCACUGAGCCAUUCAAGAUCUGGGUGGAGAACCCUGAUGGAUCAGGAGCUGUGAACUUCCUUACAGGGAUGAGUGGAUUUCUGCAGGCUAUCAUUUAUGGAUACACUGGAUUCAGGAUCACCAAGAAGCACCUGAAGUUUGACCCCGUUUGUCCAGAUGACAUAAAGAAGCUAAAGAUCACCGGCGUGUGCUACUUAGGAAGCAAGCUGGAUUUCACCCUUACCAAAGAAGAUGUCACCAUCCGAGUGACCCAGGCCUCCUCCGUCCUACAGUCACCUGGUCUGGAGGCUGUGCUGGCAGGAACAGGCGAGCAUCUUCCCUUAAAUGAAGGACAGAGCAUCUCCUUCCCUGCAGUUGCUGGCUGGAUCCAGAAGGUUGAAACAAUUUAAAGCCAGCUUGUUUUGAUUCUAUGACAAGUAUGAAAAAACUACCAAGCCUUUGCAAGCAUAGCAGAUAGCCAGUAGUAUCUUAGAGCCUUUGUAGUUCAUGUUAGCAUGCAUCAAUACUGAAGAGCCUGAAUCUUGAGUUCUUGACUGCAUUCAUUGUGCAUAUAAUCAACCUGCUGAAAUGGGAGCUGAAAUUCCCACCCACCCACCCAC